CGCCGACACUCCGCGCGGGGCGGUGGCGAAGGAGCGCCUCCAUCCAGCCUGCGGUGUUUCCCGCCACUACCGAUUCAGUACCAGGACCUGGUUCUCAUGGUACCGGACUGAGUAGCCUGGCCGACCGAGCCGCAGAGAGCGCGAGCUGCUGAGCGGGAAGCCAUGGCAACGGGAUACUGGGAGUGAUGCAGACCGAGUGACGCAGCGACGGAUCCGGGUGGAUUCAGGCUGGACCAGGACUCUUCAACCGCGGAUCAAUAAGUCCAGGCCUGGCGCUGCUCCCCGGUGAAUCAUGUCUUCCUCCUCGUCCUCCUCCUCAGAGUUGCCCUACUUUUGUCCUCGCUGUGGCGAUGCUCUUCGCUUCUCGUCUGUACCAGAGCUCCGGGCUCACCUGGUGAGCCGACACACCUACGAGACCCUGCUGGUGCUGUCACAGGCCCGGGUCAGAAGCUCCAGACCUGGUACUCUCCUCCCACUCCCUGGCCCAGCUGUAUCCCACAGUCAGAGCUCCUCCCUAGAUAUGGAACCCUGCAGCCUCCCCCCGCCACUGGCCUGCCUGGACCUGGCUUCUUCAUCUGCCUCCGUGCAGCUGCUCAGGGAUAUGUUCAGCCCAGUGGACAGCACUCUUCCCACCCCCACAGGCCACACAGAAGACCCCUCCACAGCUCUGGUCCUUCCUGGGCAUCUGGACUCCUUUCCCGGUGAGGUGGGGGUCCAGCUGGGGCUGGAAUUUGGACUGUCGGUGGGGAUCGGGCUGGAGGAGCGACUGGGACUAGGGCUGGAUCAUAAAAUCGCCCGGACGUUUGCAGAGGUGGAGGACAGGGUGAACCGGCGCAUGGGUCGGCUGAGGGCGGAGCUACAGAGGAGGGAGGCGGAGCUUGAGCUGGAGAGACGUGAUGGGGAACGGUUGAAGAGCGAGAAGUGGGAGGUGGAGAAAAGGGCAGCGUACCUGUCCAGACAGGUGUCUGCUGCCAUGGAGAUGAUGGAGCGAUUAAAGAAAGAUCUGACGGGAAAAGAGGAAGAGCUGAACGAACGGCAACAAGAGAUGGCGGAUAUCGAGCUUUUUCUGAGAGAGACAGCAGAGAAGGAGGCUGAGGCCAAAUCCAGGCUGCAGGUGUUUAUUGAGACGCUGUUGGAGCGUGCCGACCGUGCAGAGAGACAGUUAUUGCUGCUCAGCCACAAUCACUUCACACACAGUGACAAUUAUGCGUGUGCUGACCCGUACACCCUCUCUGAGGUGUAUUCACCUGGACUUGGACGAUGUGGACGCAGUCUGGAUGGCAGCGCUGAUGAUAUAAUUGCCAACAGGACCAUCGGCAACAGGAGGAGUUACAGCAUCUCUGGCUCCUACAGACUGGGAGAGAAGCUGUAUGGCCAACAGCCCUACAGCUGUCUUACUGGAAGGAUGCGGACCAUGUCUCUGGGCUCAGGAGGGUGGGACUGUGAGGGUGGUUCAGCCCUCAUCCAUCCAUCUCACUACGCUCAACCAUGGACUCGACGACAGAGAGGAGACGGGCAGCGGGAAAGGGUCUGGGUCGGGGAGGAAGGCUGGGGGACAACAUGGAGCAAACGAAACCUUCGUCACCACAGCACAGAGGAAGAGGAGGAAGAAGAGGAGGAAGAGGAGGGUUUGUGGAGCAGUGCUGAGAUGAGGAGGCUAAUAUUUGCCAGGACUCACACACCUGGAUCAGAUGUCCCCUCCUCCAUCCACUCCACCCCCUCCCAUCACUAUGGCGACAGGCAGCUUGGGGCAAACACCUUGAAACUAAGGGCGGGGCUUUUUUGUGUCUUCCCAUAUUUGGACGUACGCUCGUUACUGCGGGCGGCUGAGGUGUGCUCUGAUUGGCGGCUUGUUGCCAGGCAUCCUGCCGUCUGGACACGCCUUCGGCUGGAUAACGCCAGGGUUUCAGCAGAGUUCCUGACCACUCUGUCUCAGUGGUGCACCCAAACUCAGUCUGUUGUUCUAAACAACCUGAAGCCUCGAAGCCGACGACCUGACGAGACGCGAGAGGAUUACCAUAAAAACACACGAGGCAUCGUAGAGCCCGGGAUGGAGGCGCUGCUGCGGUCAGCAGGGGGCAGUCUCCUCCACCUGUCCAUCUCUCAGUGUCCUCACGUCCUCACCGACAGGACGCUGUGGCUGGCCAGCUGCUACUGCAGGAACCUGCAGACACUCACGUACAGGAGUUCUUCAGAUCCUCCAGGUCAAGAGGUUCUCUGGGCCCUGGGUGCUGGCUGCAGGAGCAUCAGCAGCCUGCAGGUGGCGCCAGCUUUCCCGUGCCAACAGCCAACCCGGUUUAGUAACCGCUGCUUGCAAACGAUUGGUCGAUGCUGGCCACACCUCCGGUUGCUUGGUGUGGGCGGAGCUGGCUGCAGUACUCAGGGAUUGGUCACUGUUGUUCGCAGCUGCGCUCACCUGCAGGUUCUGGAGUUGGAGCGUAUUACCGACCUCGGCCUGCAGGCGGCGAUGGAGCUGUGUAAACCAGGACUGAAGAGUCUGCACACCCUGAUCCUGAUGCACACGCCGGUCAGCGGUCAGGCCAUCCUGCACUUCCACAGUGUGUGCAGUAACAUCAGAUCUAUCAUGGUAGAGGUGUCUGUGUCAGAUUAUUUUGAAGAACCAGAUACUCAGGAAGCUCAACACCUGUUUGGAGAGAUUCUCAGCACACUGAAGGUUCUUCAGACUCGUCCGGGACUCAGCGACGUCCUGCAGGUUAAAGCCGAAGGAUUCUCCUGACCUCAACACAUAUUUAUACUUCCACACGUGUGAGGAUCAUCACUCACAUGACAGUUUUUACAUUUAAAUGAAAGUCUGAGUCUGGUUGAUGCUAAAGCCAAGGGUCUGUCCCAGUUCUGAGACGGUCCGUCCCAGUUCUGAGACGGUCCGUCCCAGCACUGAGACGGUGUCCCAGCACUGAGGUGGGCAGCCAUUUCAAAGAUGGACCUCACUAAUCAAGAAAAUCAUUUUUCAGGUAUCUGAUUGAAAUAAAUCAGUUGUGUGUGGAUGAAUUAG